UCCAAAUGUUGACUGAAUUGAAUUUGAUAUCAUUAAAUACAUCUUGUUUUAACUCAAUGAGUAACCAUCUUGGCUUAAUUAUGGGCAGAAGUUUCACUCUAGUCUUUUUUCUUGUAAUUUUCAUUCUACUACAUGACACUACUUCACUUGCUAAUAUUAGCACUGAUGAAGCUGCUCUUCUUGCACUUAAAUCACACAUUUCUUCUCAUUCUAACAAUAUCUUAGCAAGCAACUGGUCUUCUUCCACCCCGGUUUGCAGCUGGAUUGGAAUCACUUGCAGCUCCCGCCACAAUCGAGUCACUGCUUUAGACAUUUCUAGCAUGCAACUUCAUGGUACCAUUCCUCCACACCUUGGAAACCUCUCAUUUCUUGUCUCCCUCAACAUAAGUUACAACGCUUUCCAUGUAGAUUUGCCACUAGAGUUGGCUCAUUUGCAGAGGUUGAAAUUGAUUGAUGUCACAAGCAAUAACUUCACCGGAGCCAUUCCAUCAUUUUUAAGUUUGUUACUGAACCUACGCUUUGUGUACCUCUCGAGCAACCAAUUUUCGGGGAAAAUUCCAUCCUCCCUUUCCAAUAUAACAAAGCUGGAAGUGUUAUUCUUGGAGAGAAAUUUUCUUGAAGGAGAGAUCCCUCGAGAAAUCGGUGAUCUUCGUUACUUGACUAUCCUAGACCUGCAAUAUAAUCAACUUAGUGGCGAUAUACCACCAUCAAUUUUUAACAUUACUACAAUGCAAGUGAUAGUUCUUAGCAGCAACAAUCUUACUGGAAAGCUUCCAAAAACUGUAUGUGAUGAUAUUCCAGACUUGGAAGGACUUUACCUCAGAGGCAACUCCCUAGAUGGAGUUAUUCCACAAAAACCUUAAGAAAUGCAGAAAGCUUCAAAUAUUGGUAUUGGGUGAAAAUGAGUUUAUUGGAACUUUACCAAGAGAGCUAGCCAACUUAACAGCUCUUACAAGAUUAUAUAUUACAGAUCUGCAUUUGGAAGGAGAGAUACCAAUGGAGCUAGGUAAUCUUCAGAAACUUCAGAUAUUGGGAUUAGCUGGGAUUGAGUUUACUGGUUCUGUCCCUGAAAGUAUUUUCAACAUAUCAGCACUGCAGAUUAUAGAUUUUGGACAAAACAAGCUUUCAGGUACUCUACCUUCAGAUUUCGGUCGUGGAAUACCCAACCUAGAAAAACUUUAUUGUGGCGGAAAUAGUCUGAGUGGUUUUAUCUCUGAUUCAAUCUCUAAUUCAUCGAAACUCAAACUACUUGACCUCUCAGAAAACAGUUUCACAGGUCUAAUUCCUAAAUCACUUGGUAACUUAGAAUACCUUGAGUUUCUGAACUUGGAGAUCAAUAAUUUUAUCAGCGAUCCAUCAUUGAGUUUCCUGACAUCAUUAACCAACUGUAGGAAACUACGCGUACUCGCGUUAGGUCAUAGUCCAUUGGAUGGUGUUUUGCCUGCAUCUGUUGGUAAUUUCUCAAACUGCUUGCAAGCUUUUCACGCACCAGUUUGUAAACUGAAGGGUGUCAUUCCAAAAGAAAUUAGUAAUCUUACUGGAUUGACAAAGAUUAGUCUGCCUUACAAUGAGUUGACUGGACAUAUUCCAAAUACUGUCCAAGGCAUGUUGAACCUUCAACAACUUUACUUAUUUGACAACAAGAUAGAAGGAUCCAUACCAGAUAUUAUCUGCAGUUUAAAGAAUUUAGGUGCAUUACACUUGUCAAAAAAUCAUUUUUCUGGUUCAGUGCCAUCAUGCUUAGGUAACAUGACCAGUUUGAGGGAACUUUAUCUAUCUAACAACAAGCUGGAUUCUAGAUUACCUUCAAGCUUGGGGAGCCUUCAAGAUCUCAUAGAAUUCAAUGUUUCAUCCAAUUUAUUGAGUGGGGAAAUUCCACUAGAGAGCGGAAACUUAAAGGCAGCAACACUCAUUGAUCUGUCGAAUAAUUAUUUUUCUGGUAAGAUUCCUAGUACUCUAGGUAGUCUAGAUAAAUUGAUAAAUCUUUCUCUAGCACAUAAUAGAUUAGAGGGGCCUAUUCCUGAAUCAUUUGGCAAAAUGUUGUCCUUGGAAUACUUGGAUUUGUCGUAUAACAAUCUUAGUGGUGAAAUUCCAAAGUCAAUAGAAGCUCUUGUGUAUCUCAAACACAUGAAUUUCUCAUUCAAUAAAUUCAGUGGAGAAAUUCCCACUGGUAGUACCUUUGCAAAUGUCACCAGUCAAUCUUUCUUGUCCAAUGAUGCACUUUGUGGCGACUCCCGAUUUAACGUAAAACCAUGCCUAACCAAAUCUACAAAGAAGUCAAGAAGAAAACAAGUGCUUACCGCUUUAUAUAUUCUAUUAGGGAUUGGAUCACUCUUCACGUUGGCUGUUGGAUUUGUGGUGUUAAGAUUGAGAAACACAAAGAAGAGUGCAAAUCAAAAAGAUGUGUCUCUCGUAAAAGGGCAUGAAAGAAUUUCAUAUUAUGAACUUGAACAGGCAACUGAAGGAUUCAACGAAGCCAACUUGCUUGGUAAUGGGAGUUUCAGCAGGGUUUAUAAAGGGACGUUGGAAUUGUGGUGUUAA